CUCUCCUACCUAGUUACCGUCUACCUCAACCACCCGACCCAAACAACAAUCACCAAACCCCAACACCACAGCCCCCCCCCUACAGACCGCAAAACAAAGAUGUUAAUAAUCGGUUUGACCGGCUCCAUCGCCACCGGCAAAUCGACCGUCUCCUCGCUCCUCUCCUCCCCGCCCUACUCCCUGCCCAUCAUCGACACGGACCUACUGGCCCGCAAAGUCGUCGAACCAGGCACGGAAGGCUACAAAGCCAUCGUCAACUACUUCGGCCCGACGACCCCGGACCUCCUCCUCCCGCCGUCCCCAGACUCCCCAUCCUCCUCAUCCCCCAAUGACACCCUUCCCCCCACAAGCGAAAGCGCCCCCCGCCCCCUCAAUCGCCUCGCCCUAGGCCGCCGCGUCUUCGGCACAACCGAGGACCGCAAACGCGACCGCAUGAUCCUCAACAAGAUCGUGCACCCGCUCGUCCGCCGCGAGGUCUACAAGGCGCUCGCGUACUACUACGUGCGGGGCCACUGGGCCGUCGUCCUCGACGUGCCGCUGCUGUUCGAGAGCGGGAUGGAUCUGAUCUGCGGCACGGUCGUGGUGGUGGGCGUGCGCGACCCGGCCGUGCAGAUGCAGCGGCUCCGCGCCCGCGACCCGCAUUUGUCGGUGGAGGAGGCCGAGAAUCGCGUCCGGAGUCAGGGCGAUGUCGUCUCCAAGGCGGCGCGCGCGGAGUGGAGGGGCCGGCGCAGGGGGCUGGUGGUGUGGAAUGAUGGUGACAAGAGGCAGUUGGAGGGGGAGGUACGGCGCGCGUUGGACGUGGUGCAGGCGUCCAGUCCUAGGUGGUGGGCUUGGGUGCUCUUGGUGCUGCCGCCCGUUGGGGUCGUGGCGGCGCUGUGGAAUCUUGAACGCCGUGUUUCACUUUCUAUGCUCGCUGCGAACCAUAUGGGACUCUGCGGCUUGACCCCGGAUUACGAAAGCUGGGUGGAGUCCAGGAACGGCCGGCUGCGAAGUCUGCGACGUCAACAAGAUCCCACAGCUACCAGGAUCCUUCUGCCGCCAGGAUAUGUGAUCCAGAGUGUUCGCGAAGCGGAAGCAUCGUCCAGUCACUCAUCAGUUCGAGAACGAGUCGCAUCAGAUCCUGCUAGAGCGAAGACCAACCUCCAUAUCGAGAUCCAGAAAAGUCCUCGCCCAGACGAACGCCACGAAGAGGCUGCGCCAAAACCCCAAUCAAAGUGCCACCUUGAAGCACCACGGAUCCUCACUCUUGAAAGAAUGCCUAAUGGACUAUAUAAAGUGCGCAGACCCCACCACUCCAACGAAUCGAGCAUUAUAGAUAUCCGAGCUUCUCGGAACCUGAAAAAGCCCACAGCACUGCCUUCCCAUCGGGAUAAAUCCACCUGGACGGGACCCAGUAGAAGAGAUGUUAUCGUGAUCAACUCAUCACACAGCAGGCAGCCUAGCAGCAAGACCAGCAGCAGGAGGAGCGGGGAGGCCGGGCGCGGUACACCUGUAGAGUCUCCACGCAGAGUGCGGUUCUAUAGAACUGCAGACGAUGACAAUGUCCCAGAUAAUGAGACCGUGAACGGCAAGGUUUCGAGCUGGUUGCUGCAGGAUGACGAAUUCUGGUGA